AAAAGAAAAAAAAAAAGAGCCCGUCGUUUGUCCUCCUCCAUAGUCCAUGGCAACCUCUUUUUUCCCUCCUAUCCAAAAAUCCAUCUUCAAUUUCGCCCUCCACACGCACUUAUGCCUUCAUUCACACUUCUUCAGAACUUCACCGCAUCACCGUUCCCCGUCACGACUCCCGGAGUCUCUUCGAACGCCGUCGCCGGCCUCUCCGCCACUCGGUUUAUUCAGUUUCAGCUGAACACUCGCCGGAAUUUGCUCGGUGGACGUUUGAUAGCAGUAGCAGUAGCAGUUCAGGGAAGAGAAAGUUCUAAGUGCGACCCUCCGUCUGUAGUUCUCGACAGCCUCAGAGUUUUGCAAUGGGAAGAGCUCUGCGAUUGCGUUGCCUCCUUCGCCGGCACUUCACUUGGCAGACAAUUCACCAAGGAGAAACUGUGGGAAUUGGAUAAAUCGUACGACGAUAGUGUAAGACUACUGAAGGAGACUGAAGCUGCUGUGGAAAUGCUCAAAUAUGGUGCCAUGAUGGACUUUACCGGCAUCCAUGUUGCAUUGGUGGAGACUGGACUAAAAUGUGCUCGCACGGGUUCUGCUUUGACCGGGAGUGAAGCAGUGGCACUUGCAGCCCUUUUACAAUUUGCUGAUUCACUCCAGUUAAAUGUGAAAGCUGCAAUAAGGGAAGAUUCAUAUUGGUUUAAAAGGUUUAUGCCUCUAUCAGAACAGAUAAUGGAAUUAGUCAUAAGUCAGCCUUUGAUCAAGUUUAUACAGCAAAUUGUGGAUGAAGAUGGCUCCGUAAAAGAUUCCGCGAGUUCGGACUUGAGACAUGCACGUAAUCAAGUGCGCUCAAUUGAGAGAAAGUUGCGCCAGUUGAUGGAAGGCAUUAUAAGAAAUGAAUUCGAAGAAACAUCUACUCUCGAAAUAUGCAAUAUUGAUGGCCGAUGGUGCAUACAGUCAAAUGCUGACGCGCGCGAAACUUUUGAGGGACUAUUGUUGGCAAGUUUCAUUGUUACUGAAGAGACAUUUUCCCUUUUGACCAUCCAAAAAUUCCAACACAUUUUCUCUGUUACUGGGUAUGUUGUUGUUGUUGUUGUUUCCUUUGAAAUAAUGCUCGAGUAUAGUGGUUCAGGUGCUGGAAGUCUCGUAGAACCACUAUCAGCUGUUCCUUUAAAUGAUGAGCUCCAACGAGCAUGGGAGUCAGUAGCAAGGGCUGAGGCAGAGGUGCUCUUGAAGAUAUCACAGAAGAUAAAAGUCGAUCUUCAUGACAUUGAACAAGUGUUCAAAAGCAUGAUUCAGAUAGACACGAUCAAUGCUAGAGCAAGAUAUAGUCUCUCGUUUGAAGGUGCUUUCCCUGAACUGUAUUUUCCGCAAGAUAAAGGUAGCACCGUGAACUCGGACACAUCAGCAGAGGAUGACAUCUCAUUACUAUCACAACCCAAUCAGAAGAAGUGGUCAUUAUAUUUGCCUAGAACUCAUCAUCCAUUAUUGCUACGACAGCAUCGUCAAAAUUUGCAAAUGGCCAUGAAGGAUCUGAGUGAUGCAAAAGCUGAAAUCAGAAGGAGGAAACAGAUCGGAGGAUCUUCAAGAUGGAAAGAAGAUCAAGAUUCAUAUAUAUCGUCUUUGGAGUUGCAGGUUGCCAGGUUGAAACAAGCUCUUCCAGUCCCCUUUGACAUAUUUAUAACGCAGAGUACUAGAGUUCUCGUUAUAACUGGCCCCAAUACUGGAGGCAAGACAAUUUGUCUGAAGACAGUUGGAUUGGCUGCAAUGAUGGCAAAAUCAGGUUAUCUUCGUGAUAUUUUUUCUACUCCCAUGGACUUAUUAACUUGGACAUGUCUUUGCAUUUUCUUUGUUUUGUCCCGGAAGGCCCCAUUGCACUGGGCCGUGAAAUCUUAUUUUUCCAAUAAUGGAAGGGAAAAUAUUGCAGGUCUCUAUGUCUUGGCAUCAGAACCAGCAAGGAUUCCCUGGUUUGAUUUUGUACUUGCUGAUAUUGGCGAUGAGCAAUCUUUAUCUCAGUCUUUAUCUACCUUUUCAGGCCAUCUGAAGCAAAUUAGCGAACUCAAGUCCCUUUCAACAAGUCUGUCAUUGGUGCUCUUGGAUGAAGUAGGUGCGGGAACAAAUCCUCUAGAAGGAGCUGCCCUGGGGAUGUCAUUGCUAGAAUCUUUUGCCGAUUCUGGUACUUUGUUGACGAUUGCCACCACACAUCAUGGAGAACUCAAAACUCUUAAAUACAGCAACAAUGUCUUUGAGAAUGCUUGCAUGGAGUUUGCUGAAGAGGAGUUGAAGCCCACUUAUAGAAUCCUUUGGGGAAUACCAGGGCGCUCAAACGCAAUCAAUAUUGCUGAUAGGCUUGGAUUGCCAGUUCAUUCAAACCAUUUAUUUCCCCCCCUUUUUAGGCUCUCAAAGAAACUCCAUCAGGACCUACUCGAAACGAAAAAGAGUGUGAUGCAACAUGGCAUGAAUGAAAGAUACAGGAUGAUGCAAGAAAUGUCCGAGAUAGCAGCUUCUGCACGUUCCAUCUUUCAUAAGAAAGUGCGCGAGUAUCGAUCACGUCCAACCGAACCUUCCAAGCAAAUAAAAGCGGAUACAAAUAACCAUACUUCAACAUCACAAGAAACUGAAACUUCUGCAGCAGUUCAAACUCCCAAUACCAUGGUUAACCGGGAGCAACCGGUUACAGAGAAGAAGCGUGAGCUUCCAAAGGUUGGUGACACAGUGAACGUGCCUUCUCUGAACAAGAAAGCAACGGUAUUGAAAUUGGAUCAGUCAAAAGGAGAAAUAGUAGUUCAGGCUGGUAACUUGAAGAAAAGAGGAAAAAGGAAAUGGAUAUUUGGCAAGAAUUUCCCUACAGAAACAACAAUACAAAACAGAGUAGCUAAAUCUGCAAUCAGACUAUGUACAAUUGGACAUGAAAAUCCAGUUGUAAAUGAAGAGCCUAAAAGAGAAAAAAAUCCUAAUAUUAUUACAUCCUUUGAAGAUCAUCAGCCAAAGAGUGCUAUUGCCAUGGCUAUGGCCACCACAGCUGCUGCGGAGGCUGCGCUUGCAAACGCCGUGGAAAUUAUUCGCUUCAGUAAAAACUCCAUUUUAGCCAGACAAAACCAGGCCGCAAUUGUCAUUCAGACAAUCUUCAGAGGCUACCUGGCGCUCGUUUGCGACCAACGAAGGAGGAUUUCCUGUGAUGCAAAACCCGUGUUCGGAAAUGUGACUAAUGUCUCUAAAGACUAUGUUGUGUUGUUGUUGUUGCAGUCUAAAAAUGUGAGUAACACUUACAAUAAUUUGGGAGUUGAUGAAAUCCAGGCUAUGAUGCAGAGAGCAAAACAAUGCUCACUAAGACAUGGGAAAAAACAUACACUUGCUCAUAUCUUGUCUCAACAGACAUGGACACUUGAUGAGGAUCAUAAUUCAGACAAAGAACACAAACCAAAUCAUUAUACGACCCAUCCGAUAAAAGUCAGAAAAGACCGAAGCCUAUGCAUCACGUACGGAUCCUCGAAAUCUCAAUACCAAGAUUCGUACUUUAUCAACUCACCAAAAACUCCAUCCACAAAAUCCGAGACAAUUUAUUUGAACCGAAUGAGCCUUAGUGAAAAUUCUUGUCCAUUGCCUAGGCCCAAUUACAUGGCGGCCACACAAUCGGCCAUGGCCCGUGUUAGGCCCAAUAGCACGCCAAGACAAAGGCCUUCAAGCCCGAAUAGACAGCAAACGGGCCCGGCAAGAAGGCGUCUCUCGUUUGGUAAAGGGGAUUGUUCGAGCGUGCCGUGUUAUUUGACAGAGUAAUUAUAAUUAAUAGAAUGUGUUUUGAAUUUUUUCCAGUGGAUUAGAACUAAGACCAAGGAUUAACAAUUUGUUGGAGAAUUUAGAAGAACAUGCAUGCAUAUAUACAUAUAUAUAUAUAUAUAUAUAUAUAUGCUUUGAUCGUAAUUCAUUUGUGCUCUCUCAAUCUCAUUUGU